AAGUAACUGGCAAAUAUGGCGGCUGUCGCUGUCGCCUGUUUGUGGUGUUGUAUAUGUCACUAGGAUCGUGAUUUUAAUCACGGUGUGCACAAAACAUUCGACAAUGUCAAGCUCACGAAACAAAGUGAGCAUUUUGGACAAGCCCCUGAGUAAAAACAAAACCGACAUUCACCUGAGUUUAUUCGGCCUUCUCUUCUCAGAGAUCGUGCAGUAUUGCCAGAAUCGCGUGUACACGAUCGCUGAGCUGCAAACCAAACUCUCGGAACUUGGGUUUCACGUCGGACAGAGAAUUCUUGACCUUCUGCACGUGCGCGAGAAAAACUACAAGAGGGAGACAAAACUCCUCAACAUCCUUCUGUUCAUCAAGACCUCCGUGUGGAAGACCCUGUUUGGAAAAGAGGCGGACAAGCUUGAACAAGCCAACGAGGAUGACAGGACAUAUUACUUGAUCGAGAAGGAACCGCUUGUGAUCAAGUUCAUAUCCGUUCCAAAGGAUCGUGGUAGCCUCAACUGCGCCGCAUUUGUCGCUGGCAUCAUCGAAGCCAUUUUAAUCGGCUGCAAUUUCCCAGCCAAAGUGACAGCUCACUGGUACAAGGGGACGACGUUCAUGAUCAAGUUCGAGGAAUCCGUCAUUGUCAGAGACAAAUCACUCGAAAGCAGAUGAAGCCCUGCAUAGGACACUUACCUUUCUGUACAGUUGCAUGGGAAUUUUCCGACUCCGCCCAUUUCAGUCACUUGCUCUUUUGUCCUUCAAGUUCUGUCCAGAAUAAAGUAACGGUGUUUGCUUCGUGCGA